AUUAUACGUUGAUUUUAUUCCCACUAUUUAGAGACAUAGAAAUGGGAAAAUGUCAUUAAUUUAGUCCAAGCCAUUUUACACCGGUAAGGUGUUUGUGCUAGAAGAGCAACAGGUUUGGGAGAAAUAACUGUGGAUAAACUGAUGCUUUAAUUCACUGACAAGGACAGAGUGACAGAAAACUUUGUUAUGCAUCGUUCAAUGUUGAAUCACAGUCAUGGUUUUAAGAAUGAUUUUGAUACGUCUCAGAAGAAAAUGCUCACCAGUGUUUUUGUUUGGACUUCUAGCGUGUAUUACGCUGAUGGUCCUUCUAACAUUCUGUCAUACGCCAUGUGAACUAGAGGCAGAGAGAGAUCUGAAAAGUAGAGAAGCGCCAAUAGAUAGAGUAAAUGUUUUAAUUGCAACAAAUUUACUUGUUGUUGUUAUGUCAGCUCCGUCACACUUUGAUGUCCGGAAUGUGAUACGAGAAACCUGGGCGCAGGCUCUGCCGAACGGUGCAUCUGUAAGGUUUGUUGUUGGAUGUAAAAAUCUUCCAGAAGAGACGUUGAAGAAUAUAAAACAGGAAGAAAAAAUUCACAGAGAUUUGUUAAUGCUGGAAGAUAUUGAAGAGUCGUACAGCAGUUUGACUAAGAAAUUAAUAUCCACCUUAAAAUGGGUCAACAAUCACGUUAAAUACAAUUUUUUCAUGAAAGUUGAUGAAGAUUCCUUUGUAAGAGUGGAGAAAAUAUUAGAUGAGUUGUUGACAAAACCACAAGAAAAACUGUACUGGGGUUUCUUCGAUGGUCGUGCCCAUGUUAAACGCUCUGGAAAAUGGGCGGAGAAAGAUUUUGUUCUGUGUGAUAGAUAUUUGCCAUACGCUUUGGGUGGAGGAUAUGUAAUCUCUAAAGAUUUAGUCGCAUACGUAGCAAAGAAUGCAGAUUUAUUUAAACAGCUAAAUAAUGAAGAUGUAUCGUUGGGAACUUGGCUCGGCCCAUUAGACGUAAAUAGAAUUCAUGAUGUGAACUUUGACACAGAAUACAAAUCUCGAGGUUGCUACAACUCAUACCUUGUUACCCAUAAAAAGCCUCCAGAGGAGUUACAAGAACUGCAGAAGAAUUUAGGAACGCUGGGAAGGCUUUGUGCCAAGGAGAACAGGGUCAGGUUGUCGUAUAACUACAACUGGAAAGAUCUUCCUACAAAAUGUUGUGAAAGAACAGACCAUACAAUUCCUUGAGAACGAUUCACUGUUUUCUCAGGCCAGUGAUAUUUCAGGGCCAAUGGUUGUAAAGAUGAGGCUAGAAACCAAUCUCAAAACUCAAGCAUUUGAUUGGUUGUUUCAGACCCUAGUCUUGAAAUUGACCAGUGAAAAAGUUUCAUUUUGAGACUGGUCUCCAGCCUCAGUUUUAUUAUUUAAGAGCAUGUACUAAAUCUGAUUUCCUCCUUGGAUGGAAUUUGCCAUUAUAACUACAUUUAUGUUUCAAGUUUUUUGAGGUGGUUUUACAGCCUUCAGAUUUCAGCUGAAUCUAAGAUCUGUGUUUGUACACUGGUAUGCUAAAGAAAGGUUAUAAAUUUUGAUGGUCACUGUUGUUUUAGUCAUUAGAAAAACAUGAUGAAUUCAUUUCUUAUAAUACUUGUCAGGGUACCAGUUUAUAAACAGAUUGUUUGAUUGUCUGAUUGUUUUGCAUGUGUUUUCUGAAUCUCUUUCAUCCCAUGUUAUCCAAUAUCUGUUGAAAAUACAGCUUUUAACCCUUACCCUGCUAAAUUUCUAUAAUGAAUUUGUCCAUCUUUCAAUUUGGACAGUACCAUUUACUGUUAAAAGGGGUGAUUACCAAAUAUUUACUGACUGAAUGGAGAACAGUGCAGACCAUGAUCAGACUGCACAGAUGUGCAGGCUGAUCUUGGUCUGCAUUGGUCGCAAAGGUAGAAUCACUUGCCGUCAGCAGGCUAAAGGUUAAAUUGGUUUAAUUUCCUGUGUAAUUCAAUUGAUUUAAUUUCCUGUGUAAUUCAAUUGAUUUAAUUUCCUGUGUAAUUCAUUCAGAAAAAAGAAAACCAUAAUACUGCCCAAGUUCAAAUGAAAUGAGUGCAGUAAAGCAAUAGUCACUCAGAUUCUGGAAAUUGUGACUUUUAUUUAUUAGGUAGUUUUGAAAUAGCACAUACACACAAGUUGUUGGAAUGAUGGUUCUUGGCCAGGAUAAAAAACUUAUUUGAAUCAGUUGUAAACAUAUUUUAAGAAUAUAUUAAUCUCAUCCAGGUGUGUGAUAUCAUGUCUUCAGUGUCUCAGUACACAUGAGACAAUUAGCCAUAUAAUGUUUAGAGAGAGAGAGAGCUGGUCACCAUGUUAUGCAUGGCAAAUUCAGUUCAUUUUAUGAAUAUUAAUUUUUUUUAAACAAGAUGGUUGGAUAUACAUGUAAUGAUUGUUAAUUUUGUAAAUGUUUGUUUAGUAGAGCUGAUAAUGACUAUUUUCAGUAGUCAGUUAGUUUUGGUUACUGUCUCUUUCUUGUUGCUAUUUGAGGAUUGUUUGUUUUUUUAAUGAUAUUUUAUAUGAAAAAAUAUAUGUUACAUGUAUAUUUGAUAUGUAUAUUUAAUUUAAUUUUUAGCUCGACUAUUCGAAGAAUAAGUAGAGCUAUCCUACUCAUGUCGGCGUCGGCGUCACACCUUGGUUAAGUUUUUCGUACCAGUCCACAUUUUGACAAAGUCUUUUGAGAUAAAGCUUUGAAACUUUCAACACUUGUUUACAACCACCAUGGCCAGUUAUAGGCAAGAGCACAUAACUCCAUCAAGGAUUUUGGCUGAAUUAUGGCCCCUUUUGACUUAGAAAUCAUGGUAAAGUUUUUCGUACCAGUUCAUAUUUUGACAAAGUCUUUUAAGAUAAAGCUUUGAAACUUUCAACACUUGUUUACCAUCACCAUGGCCAGUUAUAGGCAAGAGUACAUAACUCCAUCAAGGAUUUUGGCUGAAUUAUGGCCCCUUUCGACUUAAAAAUCUUGGUUAAGUUUUUCGUACCAGUUUGUAUUUUGACAAAGUCUUUUAAGAUAAAGCUUUGAAACUUUCAACACUUGUUUACCAUCACCAUGUCCAGUUAUAGGCAAGAGCACAUAACUCCAUCAAGGAUUUUGGCUGAAUUAUGGCCCUUUUUGACUUAGAAAUCUGGGUUAAUAUUUCGUACCAGUUCAUAUUUUGACAAAGUCUUUUGAGAUAAAGCUUUGAAACUUUCAACACCUGUUUACCAUCACCAUAUCCAGUUAUAAGCAAGAGUAUAUAACUCCAUCAAGGAUUUUGGCUGAAUUAUGGCCCCUUUUGACUUAGAAAUCUUGGUUAAGUUUUCCGUACCAGUUCAAAUUUUUUGUAAAGUGUUUGACAUAUGGCUUUGAAACUUUUAUCACUUGUUUAGUAUAAUAGUCUCUAGGAAAGAGUACAUAACUCUGUCAUCUAUUUUGGCUGAAUUAUGGCCCUUUUUGGACUUUGAAAUUGGUUCAGUUUUCAUACAAGUCCACGUUUUGUCAAAACUAUUUGACAUAUGGCUUUUAAACUUUGAACACUUGUUUAUCAUUAUGAUUUCCAUCUGUAGGCAAGAGUACAUAACUAUUUUGACUGAAUUAUGGCCCUUUUUGGACUUUGAAAUUGGUUCAUACAUUUCCAUUUAGUGCAAGACUUAUCGAAAUCAAAGAAAUACAGGAACAUUGUUUGUCUAAUCUAUUUAUUUCUUUUGUCUGAAUAUCUGUGGAAAUAUUUUGACCCCAUUCUUCAAUCAAUUCUUCGAAUAGACGAGGGCGCUGUCAUCAGACAGCUCUUGUUAAUGUACUGCACGGUUUGCAUAUUUGUAUUUAAAACUCGGCUUACUUUGAAGCUCAUUAUGUAAUAAUGAUAAUAUAGAAAAGUUGCUAGAAGCAAAAUACUUCAGAAUAUACCUGAAAGGUACCAGUAAUAACCAGUGUAUGAAAUUAGAAAUAUUACCGAUGCAGAAGGUAUGUGUUCAAGUUAAAUGUAAUUGUAUGUGAAAGUAGUACUAUUGUAAGAAUGAAUGCUUAAGGCGUAAUAUGUAAUUUUACAAAAAAGUUAAAAUGUUGCAGUUAGAUUAAAGCCUGAAGGAAAAUCCUGCUAACUGUUUAUCACAAUAUCAAUAUUAUAGAAACAGCAGUGUCUCUUAAAUUAUAUGUUCUAUAAAUGAAUAUUAUUAUACUGAUAUUUCAUAUUCAUGGAAUAAGAUAUACAUGUAUAUAUACCUUAACUGGUUCAAUUUCACAUUUUUUACUACUUGGCAAAUGUAUUAGGUAUUUUUUUCUACACAUUUUUUGAAACACAACUGGAACUCCUUAAUUCACUAAGGUUUUUGAAGAUCAGAAUGUUUGCCCUUUAUAGCUAACUAUUACUAAUAUUGUGUAAAUGAAAAGAAACAACUAGAAUAAUAAUUAUAUUUUUGUACAAAAUGGCUGUAGCUUAAAGUGUAAUAGGCAAAUGAAAUGUGUGACUGUUAAAGUAUAGCAUAAAGCAUAAUAUUACCUAAAACUAUAUAUAAAUGACAAUUUGAGCUGCACCAUGAGAAAAUCAACAUAGUGACUUUGCCGCCAUCAUGGAUUGAGACCAGCCUGCGCAUUUGCGCAGUCUGGUCAGGAUCCAUGCUGUUCGCUAACGGUUUCUCUAAUUGUAAUAGGCUUUGAAAGCAAACAGCAUGGAUCCUGACCUGACUGCAUGGAUGUGCAGGCUGGUCUGGAUCCAUGCUGAUCGCAAACGCACUAUGUUGGUUUUCUCAUGGCACGGCUCAUUUGUUUAUACUGUAAACUGAAAUUGUUAAACUUUAGCAGUAAGUGUAAAGUAUAAAAGUGUGUGAGUUUAUUUUUAGAAAUGAACAUAAUGCCAGGUAUUGAAUAUGAAAUAGUUAGCAUGCCAUAAUCCUUAGAUGAGAAUAGAAAUUUGGCAUUGCUGUUUGAUUUUGUCUGAAAAAAUAUCGUGAAAGCUGUAAGGAUAAAAUCUUUUUAAAGGUGCAAAAUAAAGACAAAUGAAUAGACAUAAAUCUUAAAAAAAACCUACACAUUUUGUAAUAUAGUACUAAACAUUAUGAUAGCCGUGCAAUAUUCCCUUGAAAUCAACACAAGAACAGAGAAACAAAUGAUUGUUUCUGUAUUUUCUUAGACUGACAUGGUGGGUCAUUUUGUCCUACUUUCAUGUUUAUCGUUUUUCCGUAAUCGGUCGGAAAUUCUUCGGGAUCACGUGAUUUUAAAAUUGUUUCAAACCAAUAUCCGUUUAAAGACGCGCGACAAAAUAACUGUAUUUCCAUGAUGGUAAUUAUACACAACUUGCACGAAAAAUAUGAAAUGUACAAAAUUUAUGUUUAAAACUGACAGUGAUAUAUUAGGCCAAGACAAUGUGUUUAAUGUCUAAAAUCUUAUUAAAUUAUUGUAGCCAUAUGUACAUAAAUCAGUGUAUUUAGGUAAAUUUCAAUCACAUUUUGUUUCGGCAGUGUAAGACAGUUAUUCAUUUAUAUUCUUAAAACUAUACUGAAAAGAGAUUAACUGAAAACGUUUGCAGACAAAGUUGUAAAAACACUUUUAUUCGGGAAGAGCCUGAAUUGUCCUUCCGCAAACUUGUAGUAUAGCUGUUUAUUACCUGUAUUAUAAGAAUGAUUUUCAUGAAGGUUUUGUGAGUUACAAAAUUGUUGAAUUCCAUGUGCUAAGUUUGUAAAAAUCACGUUAUAGUUUGGGCAUAUAAUAUAUUUUGCAUCUAUUUAUAAAUUAUAGCCUCGUUUCGGAGGAUUCUUCCGAAAAAAUCCAAAGAUGCUCGACGGGUUCGUAAGCAGUUGGAAAACAUACUUUCGGUUUGACAUAGGCAACAUUUUUUGUUUAUUUGUUAGUUAUUCUUGAACAUAUUCAUGACUAUUUGGUCAGGUCUGAUGCAGUGAGCCAUAUUUUCAGUAAAUAGGAAGUCUCAGCUACAAACUCUGGUUUUCAUAUAAUACUCGUUCGGGUUUUAGUAAUGGACCUUUAAAGGUCUAGCACUGAGUCACUAUGUUAUAAACUGACAGGAAUAUUUUUAGAAUAAUAUUGAUACACGGUAGUUAAAAAAAGCGGAAUUAUUGUUACUUAGUUCUGUUAGAUUUUUUAGUUCUGUUAGAUUUUCAUGUUGACUUCUUUAUUCAUUCAGUAUUACUUUUUUACCAAGUAGAUAGAAUGUUAAUUAGGUUUUGUUACUUUCACCAGCUGCCAUUUGAUAGCCUGCCUACCUGUUAGUUUUAAGUGUUUUAUUAAAUUUUUAAUAAUUUACUGUAGAUUUCUUGUUCAAGAUACUUUGUUAUCACAUAUUAUCUUUAAGUUAACGGUUUUUAGCAUGACUAUGUGAAGUGUAAAGUUAUGGAGAGCUAUCCUACUUACUCUUACCCACAUCUUGAUUUAUGUGUUGAUGCACUUUCACUUUGUCUGUGUUAUAACUUGAUGGACUUUUCCCCCAAACUUAGUUAAUUGUUCCUCAUCAUCACUUACAUCAGUUGACACAAGGGCCAAAAGUCUCACAUCAAGAUUUUAUAAAUUAUGCCCCGUUUUAUGUGGACUUUCCAUCUAAAGUUUGGAUGCACUUUCACUCUUUCUCUGUUAUAACUAAAUAGAUUUGAUUCAGACUUGAAAUUGUUGUCAGAUAACAUCAUUCACAUCAUAUGACACAAGGUUCGUAACUCUUUUACAUUCUUUACAUAGAAUUCCAGGUUAAAGGCUUGAUGCACUUUCACUUUAUUUUCGUUAUUAUUCAGUGGGUUUAAUUCAGACUUUAAAAAGUUUUUCUUAUAUUAAUAGUCGCAUCAUAAUGAUGACACAAGGUCCAUGACAGCUUCUCCUUGGAUGGAUGAAAAUGGGGGCGGGGUGCAUCCAUAACCCAAAUUUUCUUCACUUAUUUGAAUAUAUCUUGUUGGUUCAGAAACUUUACAUGUUUUGUUUUCUCUGACACUGCAGUAAUAAUCACUCCAGUGGUAGCUCUAGUUUCCGUAUUUCAUUAUCCAGCGUCAGAAAAGCCGAGGGCAUUGUCUCCUCUGACAACUCCUGUUUAUUUUAUCAAAUUAAUAUAGAAUAUGUUAUUGUUAUUAGAAUAUACAUUUAUUGUAAGUGGAACCAGUUAUUUUUAAUGUGCCAUGAAAUGCAGUGCUAAUUCGCUUUUUACAAUAGCUGUGAGUUUAGUAGAUAGUUGAUGAAAUGCAAUUAUGACCAGAAGAUCUCGGACAUUUUUGAUAUAUAUUCAGGUUUGAUAAGCUUUAAAACCUACAUUGUAGAAUAUCUAUUUGUGGAUAUUGCCAUCUAAUUUUGGCUGUAAGUGGCUGGAUUUUCCUAGUAUUUCCUACAGUUUAAAAUAAUCAGGUUUUCAAAAAUCUCAUCCAGUCAUAUUGAACUAUAUGUUCCUUAAAAAGUUGCGAUGUAAAUAUACACUAUGCAAAUUUUGCACCAUUUCCAGAAGUGAUGUAAUACUGUCGUGGUUACUAAGGCAUUAUGUUUUGAUUUUAAGCUCAGCUGCGCUUACGUUCCUCGUGGGUGAGCUAUAACGAUUGCCCAUCAUCCAUUGUCUUCCAUCUUAUCCUAUUAUAAGCAAUUUUACCUACAGUAAUGCCAGAGUGAUGGCCCUUGAAUUUCUGGAGCAAUCUUCAUAAAACUUACAUAGAAUGUACAGUGAUGUUUAAAAGAUCUCAGACAAGUUUUAUAAUGUAUAUGGUUGCUCAAUAUGUACAAGAUCAUGACCCAUCAAUUGAUUAAGAUUGCUAUAUAUUUUCUUUAGAUUAAGAUUGUAUGUAGCAAACUUGAGUAAGUAUUCAGGAGAGUGACUUUGGGUCAUUAUGACCCUCUUGUUAUUAAUUAUGUGCACUGUUAUAUUUCUAUAUCAAUGUUUUUGUAAUAUUUAUUUAUUCUUGUCUUACAUGGUGCUAUUUAUAGAAUAGAAGAAGAUGCAUAGUAAAGUUCGAUUUUUGCAGUAACUGUUCAUGUUGUAUAAUUUGUAUUCCUGACACCCAUUUGCUUUCAUUGCAAGAGCCACUCACAAUAUAUAUUAUUGACCAUUUUAUAUGACUUUAUAUAGAUCAUCAGUCAAUAGUUUGUGCUACAUAAUGGGUCUACAUUCAACACGUGUUUACGGGGAUAAUGAUUCAAAAAUGUAUAAGUAAAGCUGAGAAAAUAAAUUUCUGAUAUUUUAUAAUGAAACACUUAUUAAACGGCUUGCUGGUCAAUAGUCAACACUGUCGACUCUUGUUCCUUCUGACCUGGGGCAAUAGUUUUAACUAAUGACUGGCAAUGCUCUUUUAAUAAGAGAAUACUAGGUCUCUAGGUAUGGUAGUAGGAAUUUUUGAUGAUAUCUUUUGUCAGUAUCGUUAAAAUUGUGGUUAAAAUUGUACUUUUUGUAUUUGAUAUUUGAUUUUGUAAUGAAACUAAAAAAAAUAAUUUUCAGAAUUUUAUCUAUUAAAGAUUUGCAUUUUAGUAAGCCCUAUUUUGGACUUCAUCAUAUCAUUCUAUCAAGCAUUUUCAGGGAAGUGGGUUCAUGUGUCAUACAUUGUUGACAAUAUUCUUGUUUCACAUAAGUAGAUGUAUAAAGGAGUUUACUUAACCCCGUGCAUUCUUACAAACAUGUAGUUAAGUCUGACACAGUAACAUGUCUAGGAAUAUUUUUCAUACAGCAUGGUGUGUCAUUUAGAGUAAGUUAGUUUUCUGCGUACUCCUACCACACAAAAUAUAUUCUUUUGUUAAAAUGUUGACUAAAUAAAUGGAUUUUGUAAUUUUA